CUAACAUUCCCAAGGCUGUAGAAUAUAAGUCCAGUGUCUCCCAUAAUAUGACUGGCAAGAUGAAAAACAUAUGUUGCGCAAUUGGAUGCUCCUGUAUAGGACAGGUCUGGAUGGAUCUCUCCACACUUACUAUUUUCAUUCUUUAAUCCUAUUCAUUUAAGGAGAAACCUGCAAAGAACCAAUAAUCUUUUCCUCUUAGAAAAUACAUAUAUUUGAAUUCACAAUUACACAUAUAUUUGAAUUCACAAUUACACAUAUAUGAAGGAUUACAAUUUGGAAAAUGUAAUAUGAGAGAUGGGACACGUGAGAGAUGGGACGUUCUGAUCGCUGUGAAAGCAAAGUAGGCUAGCUUUGAAGCUAUGUGUAAGGUUGAUUUUCAAAGAAUUAAAAAUUUCACGAUGAGUAGUUGAGCUGGAUAAAUCUAAAAACAAAUCUAAGUAGUCAUACAAUGCCUCAUGCGUGUUAGGGGAUAACAUUUAGGAACAUGACUAUUUGAGGAAUUGGUGUUUCCUACUCGGACCUAUUUUGUGUUGCACGUCUCCUCACACAGGAGGCAGCUGCUUCAGGCGGAUGAUUGCACGAAUUUAGUGAGCCGACAAUGCUCUGUACACUAUAUCAAAUGUUUUAGACACUACAUCUUCGUCAAUCCGCAAGAAUAUACCUCACAGAUUCCUGUUUUCUGCCAGUACCAAGAUGUUCGAGAAAGCAUUUCGUGUGAAGUCCAAUACAGUAAUUAAAGGAUCUGACAGGAGAAAACUUAGAACUGAAAUCGCCGCAGCGUUUCCAGCCCUCUCGACAGACGAGCUGUCUGAACUCGUUCCCAACAAGGAUGAGUUGAACGUGGUGAAAGUUUAUGCUCACAAAGGAGAUGCCGUCACAUUCUAUGUACUUCACAAGAACCCUAUCUUCUUCCAGCUGGAGAAACAGAUUUACCCCACAGUGUACGCUCUCUGGAGGUGUCCUGAAAUGCUCCCAACGCUCAUAACAUGGCCAGCAGUUAUACAGAAAUUAGCUGGUGGGGCAGAUCUCAUGCUUCCUGGCGUUGUUGUGCCUCCCUGCGGUCUCCCAGAAGUUGCUCGUGGAAACUGCUGUGCCAUAAUGGCGGUUGGGAACAGGGCGCCUGUUGCCGUGGGAACAGUUAACAUGUCUAACUUGGACAUGAUGAGCAGUGGAAUGAAGGGAAAGGGAGUGAAUGUUCUCCACACGUACAUGGACCAACUGUGGGCAUUUGGCGAUAAAAGUGUUCCACCUACCAUCACAGCAACUGGUGACAAGGAUGCAUCAGAGGAAAUGUUAGAGGGAGAUGGAAGUGGAGAGGAGGAAGGAACAGGAGAGGAGGUAGAGCAGGAGGACGGAGAAGGAGAACCCUACCCAGUGUCUGAGAGGAACGGGUUGACAGUCAUAAACUCGACCUGUCCAAACAUCAAGGAACUAAGCCUAGCCGAGAGAGAGGAGGAGCAGGCCGAUGAAGAAGAGGAACAAGGGGAUGAUGACGGAGAACACGACUCCAGAUCUCCUCAAGAGCAAAUGGACGAGUUGCUCCUGCAGUGUUUCUUCCAGGCACUCAAAACCAAGGUGAAGAAGUCAGAGCUCCCCCUGUUGACGAGCACCUUUCUUCGGGUCCACAUGGUGUCCUGUUGCCCUGGUGGAAAGCAUCUUGACAUUAAGAAGUCCAGCUACAAAAAGCUGUCUAAGUUCCUGCAGUGCAUGCAGAAGGAGCACCACCUGGUGCAGGUGAAGGAGCUGAGUAAAGGGGUGGAGAGCAUCGUGGGGGUGGAGUGGAAACACCGCGAACUGCGAUCUUUUAUUACCCCAGAGGAUUGUGGGCCAGCGGAUGCCCCAAAUGAGGCAGCAGUGGGGGGCGAGGUACAAUACCUCCCCCCUGAAAUCACCAUGAUGUACAUGGUUACUGCACGCUUAGAGCCUCUCUUCCGAGAUGCACAGAAGAGGAAAGGAUCGGCGGUGCAACCUGCAGAGAUGAGAACCAUCAUCACCGAGUACGUCAAGAGGAACGAGCUGGUUGAUGAGAACAACCAAAAUUUUGUCUCCAUUAACCCAGCCUUGUGUGACUGUCUGCUGGAGAAAUCUGAGUACCAUGAAGUAUCAAAACUGAAAUGGGAUGAGCUCUUCACCAGAACGCUGGGCAAGAUGCAGCAUUGCCACCAAAUUCAGUUCCCAGGCCAGCGAGCUGUAGUGAAGAAGGGCGCAGUGGAGCCCAUAGACAUCUCAGUGUCCUCCAGGGGAUCCAACAAGAAGGUCACCAUCAUAAAGAACCUGGAGGCAUUUGGGCUGGACCCGGCUGUCGUGUCGGCAGCCCUACAGCACCGGGUCCAAGCCAGCUCGGCGCUACAUGCUGUUCCCGGUUCCAAAGACCGCGUUAUGGUGCAGAUCCAGGGGAACCAGAUCCAGCAUGUGGGCAAGAUGCUGCUAGACAAUUACCGCAUCCCUCGACAAUACAUCGAGGGACUAGACAAAGCACCGAAACCUGGCAAGAAGAAGUAGAAUCUACCUGUACUUCACCUAUACACGCGCUGCGGCAAAGCCAUGUCUAGAACUCAUUUGCUUCACUCCUCAUUCGGUUGAGACUCUGUGAGCCACUCCGCUCAGCAUUGGACCCUCACACUCACACUACUGGUGUGUCUGUGUGUGUGUGUGUGUACGCGCUUGUGUGGUGACAAAGUUAGUCACAUGACACAUUACGUUCAAUAAAGCACCUGUCGCUCUGGGAA